AUGUCAGCCGGCAGCGAUACAGCCGGAAAUUGCAGAAAAACGGCCGGUUUUUACCCAGAUUUUCCGGAGCUCGUUCCGGCGAUUCCGGCCACCAAAUCUUGCGAUCAAGGGGAGAUUCCGGCCACUUCCGGUCAGAUUUUGGGGUAUGCCCAAGAACAAAAGUGGCUCAGAAUAGGGUUUUACAUCGAGGAUAGGAAGCUUGGCCGGCGGUUUGGAGUUUUCCGGCCGCCGAAAAUUACUCAAGGCACCCACGCGCUGCCGGCGCGUGUGGCGGCGCGUGGGCUAGGAAAAUGGACCGGCUUGAGGAUUCGACGGAUCGUAAAACGGAGUCCCGGAUACUCCGGAAAUGCCAACCCUGGGUUCUACCUUCCCAAGAGGGUUAGAAUGACCAUAGAGACAGGUCCUGAUGUUAUGGGGAUUAUGGGGAAUUAUCGGAUUGCUAUAUGCACUACCCUAUGUACCUCCUCGGAUGUUGACAAACCUCAUACGUGGCCGGGUGCGUCCCGACGUAUGAGGGGAGAUGUGACAGUAAGAUGGCUGGCCCAGUGUGAGGUCGCACGCGUCUUUGGAUUAGCCGGCGUGUUGACAGACCCCGUACGUGGCCGGGUGCGUCCCGACGUAUGA